CAAGCAUGCCUCGCAACAACACCGCCGCCAGCAUGUACGGAGGAGCCGGGGGAAGGGGCGUCAAGGCGUCCGUCUCCAGCCUGGAGGGGCUCCGUAGCUUCCUCCGCAACGACACCGAGAAAGACUCCGCUCCGGUCACUCCUGCCGCCGCUCCGGUCACAGCCGCCGAGGCUCCUGCCGCUCUUUCCCACCCCCAAAAGGACAACAAGCAGGAGCUGCAGGGCCUGAACCAGCGGCUGACCGACUACCUGAACAGGGUGAAGCAGCUGAAGGAAGACAACGACAAAUUGCAGAAGGAGAUUGAUGACAUUAUGGCCAAGAGGAAAGCUCCUGAGGGACGAGACUGGGAUAAAAUCCAGAAACCACUGGACGACCUCGACAAGGAAAUCAAAGAUCUCACCCUUGACAACGCAGGGCUGUUGCUCCAGAUUGACAAUGCCAAGAUGGCCCAUGGUGACUUCAAGAACAAGCUGGCUGACGAGUCAAAGGCAAAUAAGGAGUUAGAAAAAGACCUGGAAAAUUUGAAAUCGGACAUUGAUGACACCAAGCGUAACCGAGAGCAGCUGCAGACAGAGAUCAAUCUGGUCAACAGUGAGGUGGACCGCCUUGAGAAGGAGCACAAGGAUGAAGUGAAAGAUCUGCGUGAGAAGAUCACAAAUGCAGAGGUGAAGGUGGAAAUUGAAUCCCAGGACUCCAACCUGGCCGACGUUGUCAAUAAAAUGCGGGUGCAUUACCACAAUAUUGCCGAGAAGAACUUGAAGGAGACAGAGGAUUGGUACAACAGAAAGUUUGAGAACAUUAAGGUGAAGGAGGCCAUGGACAACGAGGCUUUGGACUCUGGAAAGUCUGAGCUCAAGAAUCUGCUGAAGCAGAGGAAAUCUCUGGAAAUUCAGAUUCAGGCUAGCUACAAAAUGAUCCAAACUCUGGAGGAGAAUCUGAUAAAAGCCAAGGCUGAGAACAACAAUCGACUGAUCCCUUUCAACAGCGUUAUUCUUGGCCUCGAGGGUGAGCUGAAGGAGGUGAGGGCUCAGGUGCAGCAGAAGGUGGAUAGCUACAAAGAGCUGCUAUGCCUCAAAAUGAAGCUGGAGAAAGAAAUCAGGGAUUACAACGAGCUGAUGCAAAGCAUAACUGCUGAUCCUGAGAGCUUGGAGUUUAAUAAAAAGGAAGAAUUGCCAAAGGAACCUCAAUGCCCUGACCUGCCGGAACGGAAAGCGGAGAACAAGGUCCAGGAGAAUCAAGCAAGCGCCACCGUUAACCAAUCAUCCCAACCCAAAGCUCCUGCAAAUACCACUCCAGAGGUUGUUAUAGGAGACUGUGUUUAAAAAUGGUGCUCUGAUCUGUUCCUUUCUAUUACUUGGUAAAUGAAAACUAUUGGUGCUGCAAAUCUACAUAAUCCGUAUAUGGGGGGUUCUUCAAAUGUGUUUUCUGUGAUGUGAGCAAAAUAAAGAUGGCUUCAAAGUGGAAAAAGA